CAGUCUAUGGUUUACACAAAGAGGGUGUAAUAAUAUAAACAGGGACGCGCAGGAAUGACUUUACUCGUUCUAUUAUGCGUGUUUAGUCAUGUUUUUUACCUUCAGGUUUCUGCUGCGCCGGUUAAUAAUUUCUUCAAACACCUGCAGAGCGCAUCUAAAUUCUGGCAUAUCUCAGACCUGCACUUGGAUCCAACCUACCAUGUCACAGAAGACCACACCAAAGUUUGUUUUUCCUCCAAGGGAGUUCCUGCAUUGGAUCCAGGAGUGUUUGGAGAUUUCCUGUGUGAUUCUCCAUACCAGCUCAUUCUCUCAGCGUUCAGUUACAUGAAACAAGUGGACCUGCAGCCCGACUUCAUUAUAUGGACAGGAGACAGCCCUCCACACGUCCCAAAAGAAGAGCUUUCCACUGAUAUAGUGAUCAAUGUUAUUGCCAAUAUGACUCACACCAUACGUCAGUUCUUCCCAGAGCUACCAGUUUACCCUGCCCUGGGAAACCACGACUACUGGCCACAGGAUCAGUUGCCAACAUCUGGAAAUGCAAUUUACGACGCUGUAGCCAAAAUCUGGUCUCCGUGGUUGAACCCAGCAGCUGUAGCAACUUUGCAAAAAGGUGGCUUUUACUCUCUUGUGAUCAAACCCGGCCUACGUCUGGUGAGUCUCAACACAAACCUGUACUACAGUCCUAAUGAAGUGACUGUAAAUAUGUCUGAUCCUGCUGGGCAGUUCCAGUGGCUGCAGGAAACGCUUGAGCUCUCAAGACAAAACAUGGAGAAGGUCUAUGUAAUUGCUCACGUCCCCAUCGGUUACCUACCCUUUGCUAUAAAUACAACAGCCAUCCGAGAAAGCUACAAUGAACAACUGGUCAAAAUAUUUCGCAACUACAGUGACGUCGUUGAGGGUCAAUUCUACGGUCACACUCAUCGAGACAGCAUAAUGGUUCUGCUGGAUCACAAAGGGAAACCUGUGAACUCUAUAUUUGUCACACCUGCUGUUACACCUAUCAAAAGUCUAUUGGAGCCAUUCUCGAACAAUCCUGGCCUCCGUGCGUAUCUGUACCACCCUGAGAAUUAUGGUUUACUGGAUAUUUGGCAGUUCUAUUUAAAUCUCACUGAAGCAAACCUGGAAAAAAGGUCAGAGUGGAAGCUGGAAUACAUUAUGACUGAGGCUUUUGAUAUCGAAGACAUUCAGCCCCACAACUUGCAUGAACUUGCUCUUAGAUUCGAGCAGCCACAGAGCAAAGCCUUUGAGAAGUAUUUUAACCAUUUUAUGGUGAGCUACAACUUAAACAUCACAUGUGAGAGUAUUUGCAAAAUGGUUCAGGUGUGUGCUGUGCACUUUUUGGAUCGAGAGACCUACUUGCAGUGUAUGGCGAGGGCCAGGAGACCAAAAGAUUGAGCUGAAGUUACAGUUCUGGAGUGGAUACUCAAAAAAAAAAAGGGGGUUUAAAUUUUUUUUAUUAAUAGAAAUCAGGGAACAUUUUUAUUUAAAUAAUAAUAAUAAUAAAAGAGGGAACCUCAGGAAAACAUGUCU